UCUCCCCGCUGGCCGUGCCUGCCGGGCCGCAGCGGUGCGCCCUCCGGGCCUGCGGGGCUGCGGUGCGGCUUCGGCCCCUUGAGCAUAGCACGGGCCCGCCCCGGCUCGGCCCUUCCACCGCUCAACCCGGCCUGGCGUUGUGUGCCUCGACCCAGGGUUGCGGGCGGCAUGCUCAUUCCUGCUCGGCCGCUGGAGGCCUGCGGGACUGCGCGGGUGCCUUGUGUGUAAGUGUGGAAUAGCGGGGGCCCAGGAAGUGUUUAUUCUGCGGAGUGAAGUAGUGCACCAGACAGACAGGACUCUCAUGAACAGUCAGUGACACCAGAACAAUUGGCAGAGUGGUGGGAAAAAAUGACCUUUUCAUGAACUUCUGUGAAGAAUGCAAAUGAGCAAGGUUUGAGCUUCGAUGCUUUUGUCCAUGAAAACUCUUAGAGAAGAUGGCUGAUGUAAGCCUGAAGGAAGCAGCACUGAUAGUUGGUGUGGUGGCAGCCUGCUACUGGAACAGUCUCUUUUGUGGCUUUGUUUUUGAUGAUGUCUCAGCAAUUUUGGACAAUAAAGAUUUGCAUCCUUCUACUCCAUUAAAAAAUCUUUUUCAAAAUGACUUCUGGGGCACUCCCAUGUCUGAGGAGAGGAGUCACAAAUCUUACCGUCCCCUUACAGUUCUUACGUUUCGCUUAAACUACUUGUUCAGCGAAUUAAAUGCAGUUUCGUACCACUUUCUAAAUCUGGUCUUUCAUGUGGUGGUUUGCAUAGUCUUCCUCAAGGUCUGUAAGCUCUUUCUGGACAACAGGAGCAGCAUAGUUGCAUCCUUGCUCUUUGCAGUGCACCCAAUACAUACGGAAGCGGUAACUGGAGUUGUGGGCAGAGCAGAGCUUUUAUCAUCUAUUUUUUUCCUAGCUGCUUUUUUGUCAUAUACAAAAUCUAAAGGGCCGGAUAAUACCAUAGUGUGGACUCCAAUUGCAGUGACUGUGUUUCUAGUAGCUGUUGCAACACUGUGUAAAGAACAAGGAAUAACAGUGGUUGGAAUAUGCUGUGUGUAUGAAGUAUUUAUUGCUCAAGGGUACACCUUGCCAACGCUGUUGGAUACAGCUGUACAGAUUCUUCGAGGGAAGGGCAGUAUUCCUUUCUCUAUGCUCCAAACACUGUUGAAGCUCAUAGUCCUAAUGUUCAGUACACUGCUGCUUGUAGUUGUCAGAGUCCAGGUUAUCCAGUCUCAACUUCCAGUGUUUACAAGGUUUGAUAACCCAGCUGCUGUUAGUCCAUCCCCAGCAAGACAGCUGACUUUCAACUACCUCCUCCCUGUAAAUGCUUGGCUUCUUCUCAACCCCUCAGAACUAUGCUGUGACUGGACAAUGGGAACUAUUCCUCUUGUGGAGUCUUUGUUAGAUGUUAGAAAUGUCGCCACCCUGACCUUCUUUUGCUUUCUGGGAGCUUUGAUUGUCUUCAGUCUCCGAUAUCCUGAUAAUUCCUCCAAGACAGUAUUGAUGGCACUCUGCUUAAUAGUGCUACCAUUCAUUCCUGCAUCAAACCUGUUUUUUCCUGUUGGAUUCGUAGUAGCAGAACGAGUGUUGUAUGUUCCUAGCAUGGGAUUCUGCAUUUUAGUAGCACAUGGAUGGAGGAAAUUAUCAAAUAAAAGCGUGCUAAGAAAAAUUUCUUGGGUUUGUUUGGCUGCGGUACUAUUCACUCAUGCCUUAAAAACACUGCACAGGAACUGGGAUUGGGAGUCGGAGUACACCUUAUUUAUGUCAGCUUUAAAGGUAAAUAAGAAUAAUGCAAAACUAUGGAACAAUGUGGGGCAUGCAUUAGAAAAUGAAAAGAACUUUGAAAGAGCUUUGCAGUUUUUCAUACAGGCCACACAAGUGCAACCAGAUGAUAUUGGUGCCCACAUGAAUGUAGGAAGAACUUACAAGAACCUAAACAAAACUAAAGAAGCUGAAGAAUCAUAUAUGAUUGCUAAAUCAUUGAUGCCACAGAUUAUUCCAGGUAAAAAGUAUGCAGCAAGAGUUGCUCCUAACCAUCUGAAUGUUUAUAUCAAUCUUGCAAACUUAAUUCGAGCAAACGAAUCUCGCCUUGAAGAAGCAGAUCAGUUGUAUCGACAGGCAAUUAGUAUGAGGCCGGAUUUCAAGCAGGCUUACAUCAGCAGGGGAGAAUUACUUUUAAAAAUGAACAAACCUCUGAAAGCUAAGGAAGCUUACCUUAGAGCUCUAGAACUAGACAGAACCAAUGCAGACCUGUGGUACAACUUGGCAAUUGUUUACAUUGAACUGAAAGAUCCAGCAGAAGCUCUGAAGAAUUUCAACCGAGCACUAGAACUCAACCCAACGCAUAAACUGGCGUUAUUCAACUCAGCACUGCUAAUGCAGGAAUCUGGUGAUGCUCGGCUUAGACCUGAAGCUAAACAAAGACUGUUACAUUAUGUGAAAGAAGAACCCCAGGAUGCAAAUGGAUACUUCAAUUUGGGUAUGCUGGCAAUGGAUGAUAAAAAAGAUAUGGAAGCAGAGGCAUGGAUGAAGAAAGCCAUAAGGUUACAGCCAAACUUCCGAAGUGCUCUGUUCAAUUUGGCACUGCUUUAUUCUCAGACAGCAAAAGAAUUGAUGGCUUUGCCCGUCUUGGAAGACCUACUGAGAUACUACCCUGAUCAUACCAAAGGUCUGAUUUUGAAAGGAGAUAUCCUUAUGAACCAAAAGAAGGAUAUUGUUGGAGCAAAAAUGUGUUUUGAAAAAAUUUUGGAAUUGGAUCCCAACAAUGUACAAGGAAAGCAUAAUCUUUGUGUGGUUUAUUUUGAAGAACGAGACUUAAUAAAAGCAGAAAAAUGUCUGGUUGAAACACUAGCACUGGCACCUCAUGAAGAAUAUAUUCAGCGUCAUCUAAACAUAGUUAGAAGUAAAAUUGCGUCGCUCAGUGCUAUGGAACAGUCAUCACUUCCAUCAGAGGGAACUGCAGCUGCAGAAGAAAAAAAAAAAUCAUUUCAGAAUUUGAAAGAAGUAAAAAAUGAGAAGACAACCACCCAAUCAGCAGUUGAUAAAAAUAAGGAACACUCAAAAAAUAAGAAACUGACAGAGAAAAACAGUGUGGACAAAGAGACUCCCAAAAAAUCUACGAAAGAAAUCAAAGACAUUGAGAAAAAGAGAGUUGCUGCUUUGAAAAGACUUGAAGAGAUUGAACGUAUAUUAAAUGGUGAAUAGACUUUAUCAUGUCACAAAAGAAUAAGGGGAGAAUACUAUUUUUAAUUAUUGUUUAAUUUGUAAGCCAAUUGGAAAGUGUUCUCAGUGCUUUGAAAAUAGAAAUAAUGUUGACUACAUAUCAGUUAUCAAGCAGCAAAAGACAUUACAAUGUUCUAUAUGAGAAAACUGCAACUUUUAAAUAUGAUGGAGGGAUGGGUGGGAAUCAAAGGAUAAAAGGUUGAGAAUAAUCUUCAAUGCAGAACCCUAAAAGUGAGGAAAUAGCACUCAUAAAAAUCAUUGGUAGUCAGGGAUAUUAAGUAAUGCUACUUUCAAAGAAUCAGUGGAAGAGCUUGAAUGGAGAAUUACCAGGAUAAGCCAGACACUGCUUCUUUCCCCUAUACAGAUCUCUUUGUACUAACAUUAUCUACAUUUCGGUUUACACAUCAUCAGUUAAAAUUUUUCUAGACCUCUGUUACACAAGAAAAACUGUUUUUCUUUGCGUUAUUUGUUUCCGGAACUUAACAAAAAGUCAUCAAAAUGCCACUGACUGUAGUAUAGGAAGAUGCAACAACACACUAAAACUUUCAGUUGCAUUCUGAAUAUGGAAUGAUAUAAUAACUUUUUAGAUGUUCUUUACUUACAAUGCUAAUGGUUUUUAAUCUUUUACCUGACAAGAAAUCUUAUGGUGCUCUUAACAUCUUUAGACUAAGCUUUUUCUUUUAAAAGAAAUGUGUUUUUUUUCUUCAACUGUCAAUCAUGUAAAAUUAUACUAAAAAGGAUGGGUUUGUCACUUUUUCCCCAGUUCAUUGAAUUCUGAUAAAUGCACUUUGGUACAGUAACCAGUAUGCUAUGCAGUACUCCUUGUUGACUUUGUAUCAAUGGCUGCGGAUUGACUCCUUAGUGUAGUAAAUUCUUCCUUGUUUUAUCUGGUUUUACUAUUUCUGCCAUUGGAACAGAAUUUCUAUUCUCAUGACUUUUUACAACACUAAUAUAAGCAAUGAUUGCUGAAGGAAGUGUGAUAAUAAUUAAGCCAACUGAACUUAGCAAUGUUUAACACAAGGCAAUGUAGGUAGUGUCCUUUCAAAUACUGAGUUUUGUUGUUUUGAUACUUUGUCUUGGGUGUGUGGUUUUUAUUAAAUAUUUAUUUUGACUACUAAAAUAUUUCCAUUUACACUUUUUCACUAAUGCAUCAUUUUAAUUUCUUAUAUGAAAUGAAUAUCUUUGCAGUUUCAGUGUUGCUUUUAUUCUUUUGCAAUGCAUAUAUUUUUUUUUCAAAUAUACUACCGAUUACCUAAACCCAAUGUUUUCCUUAAUUCUGAGAAAGAAAAAAAAGAAAAGAAGUGUAAGAGCUGGGUUCAUUAGUAGUUUCAUUAAUCAUUAAAUCUAACUUACUCUUUA